AUGAAUCAAAUAUCUUUUAACCCAAAUACCUCCGAUGAUGAUGAUAAUGAAGAUUUUAUUGACGACGAAGAUGAUGAUCGAUCGAAUGAAUCUAUGGACAAUUCAACUAGUAAAAAACGAAAUAAGAAAACAUUAGGCCGUGUAAAAAUCAACAUGGCUUAUAUUGAUAAUAAAAUUCGAAGGUAUACAACUUUUUCUAAACGAAAAACAGGCAUUAUGAAAAAGGCAUACGAAUUAGCAACAUUAACGGGUACUGAAGUUAUGCUUCUUGUUGCUUCUGAAACUGGUCAUGUUUACACAUAUGCUACACCGAAACUACAACCGAUGAUAACAAGUGAAACUGGUAAAGCGCUCAUUCAAACUUGUCUUGCAAAAGAUGAACCGAUCGUUGAACCUGCUCCGCCAUCGACGACUACAUUAAAUAAUAACGAUGUUAUAUUUAUUGAUGAAAAUCAACAAAAAAAACGAACCAAUUUAUCCUUAGAAAGUAUGACUACUCAAAUUCGUCCAAAUAAACGUUCUAAAUUAAAACCAACUGUUGAAGUCGAACAAGCAAACGCUCUAACUUCAUGUGUACCGAUGCCAACAUCUAUAUAUCCACCGACGAUAGCCGUACCAUUGUCAUGCUUAGUCAAUGCAGAUUCUCACCAGCAACUAUCUAUCAAUCAUGGAAAUUCAUAUACGAUUGAUAUAAAUUCCCUAAAAGCUAACGGAAUUAAUAUUGUCCUUGCCCCAUCACCCAAUUCUUCCCAACCCUCACCUCCAUCUAAUGUAUCACUUGUGUUUACCCCGGGCAAUUUUCCAUAUCAAUCAUCUUAA